CUCUAUUUGGUGUCCGCGUGUUGGUGCCAGCUUCAGCCUAGCGGGACCGCGUGCUAAGUCGCGUGCUCCACCGUGGAUCUUCCAAAUUUUAUUGGGUUGAUUGGAUUUGAUUUUUUAGUUCAGAUUUCAGGGAAUGGGAAGUGCAGGAGUACCCAAAUAUCCGCUGCAUCUGAAGACUGACGUUUCUCUUGACUCGUGGAAGAAAGAUGCACUCCAUGUACUGCAGCACGUCAAGCCUGACUGGGAUUCCUGCCUCGUUUGCUUCAAGGAGUUUAAUGCUGGCAUCACAAACAAGGUAGUGGGGAUGUAUCUACCUGAAAGAAAGGAUGACAUGGUCUUGCUGCGCAUAUAUGGCAAAGGCACAGAGAGUUUCAUAGAUAGAGAUGCUGAAAAGGACAAUAUUACUCUCCUCCAUGAAGCUGGCUGUGCUCCUUCAUACUAUGCAUCUUUCAAGAAUGGACUUGCAUAUGCAUAUGUUCCUGGUCUGACCACAGAUGUUCAUACUGUUCGAAGUCCAGAGGUUAUGCCUAUGAUCUGUGAUAUGUUGGCAAAAAUCCACUGCAUUUCACUGCCUUAUAAUGGAAUGCCACAGUCUUGCCUUUGGAAGAGGUUCAAUGUUCUCCUAGAUCUUUAUCCAGACUCAUUCAAGGAGCCUGAACGACAAGAAAUUUUCCUGAGAGAAGUAGCUCCAAAGGGCAAACUAGUAGCCGAGAUGGAGGAUCUUCAAAGUAAACUUGGAAGCAGCACCUCACCUAUAGUAUUUUGUCACAAUGACCUCCUUCUGGGUAACAUCAUCUAUAGCAAAAAAUCCAGCUCAGUGACUUUCAUUGAUUAUGAGUAUGGAGGUCUCAACUACCAGGCCUUUGAUAUCGGCAAUCAUUUCUGUGAAUAUGCUGGUGUGGAGGAUGUAGACUACAGCAGGUACCCAGACCGAGACCUGCAGCUCAAAUGGCUCAGACUGUACUUGAUGGCAUUCAAGAAUUAUUCUGGACAGGAUGAGAAGUUCGCUGAAGAGGAAGUGGAAUCUCUUUAUGUUCAAGUGAAUCAGUUUUCAUUGGCUGCCAACCUCUUCUGGGGCAUCUGGGCCAUCAUUCAAGCUCAUCAUUCACUCCUGGAUUUUGAUUUUCUCAGGUGGCUAUUAGUUGAGGCUCUCAUAUUUGUGAGGAAAAAAUGUUAUUUUUUUCAGUAUGGAAUUCUUCGGAUGAAUGAAUAUUUUCAGAGGAAGGAAAUGUUCCUGAAGCUGCAGCCCAAGGAUCCCAUCACCUACAGCUGAUGAUCCUCCUGCACCAAAGCUGCUUAGUUGCACCACAAUGUGAAAACAAUUAAGUUUGUGGAUAGGGUUUCAGGGAUACUCACCAAGAGCUUUUAUCUUGAUAUUGAUAUGCUUGCAUUUUAUCAUUCUUUGACCAAGGCUACAGCUAGAGUUCAGGCAGUUUUUCCCAACAAAUCUCUCUAGAAAAACUCAGAACUGUAAUAUUGAUGGAAUGACAGAAGUUUUAGAUUCCUGAAGGUGCACCACCACCAUACCAUGUUGUCCUGAGAUUGUUUUUGGCCACAUGGAUGGAUACCUGUCUUCUGCUAGUCAAUGGCAUCACUGCAAAAUAACUACUCAAACCACAUAUUCAUCUUCCAGCUAUUGGGUGCUGUCCUUGUCCAAGGAAAUUGUAGGAAUCAUGACAAUGAACACAGGGAGAAAAAAAUCAGGCAAUUGAUGAUUGAAUGCCCUACAUUUAUGUAGGGUGAAAUUUUCUCAGUUUUCUUUUCUGGCACUUACUCUGCAAGAUCUUGGAGAAGAAUGCUUACUGCCAAAUGCACAUGUAUUGAACAGGACCCUUGCCAACUCCUGGUGCACCUUAAUGAAGAUAAUGUCCACUGUAACUUCAACAGAUCAAUGAAGCUUGAGAAUGGAAGAAAUAGUAUUUUAAAAACUGCCUCAACUCAAGUUUUACACUUGUAUUUUACAUUCCGCUUUUGACUC